CAUCUAAUCAAAGCAAGUGGAUCAUUCCCCAUAGGAGUUCGUUCAGAACCUGAAAGCCCAGUCACUCGGGGUCUCACAUGGUUAUGGGGCCGGCAGCAAGGAUGUCGAAUGCAGUUGAGACCAAUCAAACCUUGCUGGUCAUCAUCAGAUCUCUGGAAGCAGAUCUUCGUGGAGUUCGAGACGAGCUCAGGCAAAUCCUGACGGUGCUGAAAGACUUCCUGUAUUUGGCCGAUGAAAGGAAGCAGAAGGAAUCUCAUAGCCCGGGAUACCUUCCACCACAGAGGAGGACUCUGGUUAUGGGAGAAGGGCCAGAGCUGAACAGCGGGGUACCGGCGACAACACGAGUGCCCGACAGGGUCAGUCCUGCAUCUGGUAGAUCGUCUGUGCAACUCGGCCGAUUGCAUCCCAGAGCGCUGGUAAAAUCCUCGUCCCAGUACGACAACACGAAGACUUCCCAACGAUUUUUUGCUCCCCCUGCAUCUGUUAAGCGGUACAUACAGUGACCGUUUGGUCCGGAACGGAUUUUGCAACAGUGUUGCCACAGAGCGAAUACAUGGAUGGCGCCACGUCGUAUCAACUACUUGGACUGCUCAAACAGGGGGCAUGACGUGCCCCACACCCGAGACAGCAACGUAACAGCAGACGCGGAAAAGAAUGACGAGAAGGCACGUCACAACCCAAAAUGCCUCUGCAGUGACCCGCUGACGAACCAGUUUCAGGAAGUUCAGCGACUGAACGAGGGAAAGACGCGGUGCGCGGCAGGGGCCGGUGGGAACGGGGAGCGGAAGCAGGUGACUUUGCCCACCUUCGCCAGUUAUUUCGCGGGUCUCACGAAUUCGUGUUUCCCUUGUCGAUAGAGUCAAACACGCGCUUCGGACAAGCUUUAUUGUUUUGGAGGGUCCAGCGUGAAACUAGAAAAAGCAUCGUUCAAGAGGCAGUGCAGGAUUACAGCCCACUCCGCCACGGAAUUACAUGCUUCGAUACCCGUCAACGAAGAGGACCCUGAGCAGAAUGAUAUUUGUAAUUUGGUAAGCGUCAUUCCACCUGCAUCGAUUCGUGGCUCAAAAUGAGGCGAGCAUUGUUUUUGCGUAGUGCCUUAUGCACAAGAAAGAUUCUCUGCACCCGGGACCUCCUGUACUUUUCACUCUCGAAUGAGGGAGUGCAGAAAAGACUGUCCCAUCUGCACCAAACCAGUCGAGGAGGAUGACAUCAGAAAGAUAUUGACCAAGAGAAAACUUCUCAAAAGAGGCAUGCAAAUGCAGCAGAAGCAGCUCGCACGGGCUGUAGCGGAAGCUGUUGUCUGACAACUCUGCUCUGAAUGCAACGGGCGAAGCCUGUGUACUGUGUUUUCUGCUUUCGGACUCGUGUUUGUAAAUAUAAAAGAGAUGUGUGAGAUGCCGGUCGCUGUGGGCACCCUGCACGUAUUAUUAACUGGGCUAUGUUCGCCCUAAGAAUCUGCUUUAGACUGGAAUGAAUUGCUUAAAGGCAGUCUUGAUGACAAUCUACAGGUUGCUCCCCGAUUUGCGACCACAUCUCGCAGUGCCACGCGAACUACCCAGUUGCAUUUCAGCAUAAUCGGAACCUCAAACCCACCUCUCUCGCAUGCCGUUCCAAUUCUUCAUUUCCACAUUUCAAUAACUAAUUAAGCUGCCUUACUCGAAGUACAAGUGGAUGGACACAUGCAAAUGGUCUGAGGGACAAUCCUCCAGACGUGAACAAAUGUGACAGAAUGUCUGUCAUCUUGCAACCUGUUUGAUAAUCCGAGCAUGAGCAAGCCGGGAGGAAGGCAAGAAAACAGCCUGGAACAACGUUCAUCGACCGUUGACGCGCGAGCUCCUGAGUACGGAAUUGAGAAAAUUGUGGCAGGAACCACGUCGGAACAUUUUUUACAAAGUUUACCGCGUUGCUUGCUGGUUUACUCUUAUUGGCCCAAUUUUUUAUGGCCACAGUCAAACGGAGGAGGCAAAAGCAUGACUUGCACCGUUGUUCUUCUGCUGUUUUGACUCAUGCUGAAGAGCUUAAAGCAAGUGUCCCUGUCAAAAAGGGGAAGAUCUUGGAUAGCGGUGUUGAGGAAGUCAAGCUUUACUCGAAGGUUGGUGUAAAUUGACAAAAUGACCUCGGUGCCACUCCGCCCAAUUGCACAGCCAUACGACUGUAUGCCGCCGGAGACAGCCGUAGCCGUCUGUGCUGGCUUGAGUGAAACAUAAUUUUGGUGAUCAGUAUGGUGCCAACUGACUACCUGAGACUGAGAACACGAGUCAUGUUGGACUUUCGUGAAACUACGCCUCCGCCACUCUGCAAAAAGCUGCCACCGCUAGUGUGGUAAGCUUGGACGGCUUGCCUGGACACAGCUGAUGUUAACAUAUCCACUGUUCAUACACAGAAACAAGAGUUCUGAGUUCGUAACAGCUUCGUCGAACUCGAUUUUGCAUAGCCGGCAUCACCCUCCCCCCCGUCCCCGUGGCCGCCCCCCUGAAGGCGCCGUACUUGACCUGUUGCAGCGUCACACCCCCCUGCGGGUACUGACAACACCAGAAUAUGGGAGGGACUUUGCGACACUAGUUAUAGCGAUACGCAGUGGCUUCCUUUUAAACACGCAGGAAAACGUAUGUUUUCGUGUUUCUGACGUGCCUAGAUUCCUCUGUAUCACAACGAGUUAAUAUUAUAGAGAAGCAGGGGCAGGACCACAGAUCGUCCACCCAACAGUCGGCCACCGAGCUGUAUACGCGUGACUUCGGUCGUCUUCAGUCAAUGCAUGGCCUUCUUUUCUCGUUGCCGCGGCAAAAAAUCCGUCUUCGUAACUUUUUUGCUGGAGUUUUUGAUGUGUCGGGGAACGUGGCGAACAGGUGGUGAAAUUCUCGCUGCCAGGCCCAAGGAAACUACAUGCGUUUCAACUGUCCAUCAGGCAAGACUAAACAACGGAUUAUUCGCGAGAGGAUGGACCGUUCCUUUAGUUGUUGACUGCAAGAUUCUCCUCUGUCCAGUCGCUAUUGAUGGGUUUCGGGCUUCUAUGUUUUUUUGUAUGUGUAUUGACUCCCCAGGUCUCUUACUGCCACCCCCGUGCACGCCGGCUUCCGCAGGGCAGUACCCUUUAGUUCUUGACUUCCUUUGCUCUUCCUCUCUUCAAAAUAAGGCUCGAGUAGAUUUGGAGUGCACUUCCAAACUUUCGGAUUCACCCGGAUCAAACCGCUCCUCCACGCGCGCAAUGUUCUCCGCAGAAGACGCACCCGUACUGGGGCAGCCUCAGGGCUUCUUCAUGGGAACGCAGCAGGCCCAGCAGUUCACCGGAAGUUCGGAAGGAAUUCCUAAAGAAGAAAAGAGCUUGUUUCCUUCCAUGGAUGGUCCCGAUUUGUGCGACUUCGAGGUUGUUCAGACAGAGAGUCACUUUACAGAAGCGAAGUCAGCGGAGCAACGCUCAACCGCUGCUGGAUCCCAAAGCCCCCGGUCACGCGUGGAUCCCGCCGUGGGAGGGUCUUUAGAUUUCAGUGCAUCUGGUCCGGAUCGCGACAGUCCGACCACUCAUAACCAGACGAAUCUCGAUCCGGUCGCACCGGGUCGCAGAUACGGUGGAACACCGCCCACGUUUAAUACGAGCGACCAAUCGUCACACAGCCUUCGUUCAGACCGCGACUCAGGGACAACACCCCGCAGUUACGAUUCAAAUACUACAGGUCAAAGCCACUCCUACAGCAAGUACAGAGGCACGUACGCUGACCCAGGUUGUGCAGAAGAGAACUCGUUAGCUGUGCAGUUUAUGGCGGGGGGCUGUAGCCGUGGCGACCAACCACAGGGCGAUCGCAUGAAUGAAUUCGGCACCGGAGCUCGAGAUGUGGCUGCGCUGACCGACGGAAUGAGCGAUAUCCUAUUGGCUUCCAACUCUGACAACUCUGGCUUGCUUGGUCAGAUGAACCGAGCAGUGCAGAUGAUGCAGCGACAGCUUGAACAGCAAGCAGCCCAAUUAAAGACCUUGACAAGCUUAGUUAGUGAGAUGUCAGCGAAGCUGGACUCGAUAGCUGGAGGGCGAACGUCGCCUGAACUGCAAACCUCGGUCAAUUUCGCUGGCUCUGUCGCUGGGGACGGAAGAUCACAAACCGCAGACCUCGCCCGCGGCCGCAUUGUUCCGCCCCCUCUCCCUAGAGGAAGCUCGCAGGACCCGGCCCCGCUUGCGGGUUCCAGAGCACCACGCUACAACCACGUCGAAGAUAGAUCUGUGGCUCACCGUAACGCUCUAGAAGCUCAGCGUGCAGCGGAAGCGGAAGCUCUAGAAAGAAAACGCCUCGAGGAGCUCAGAGCUAUGGAAAGAAGGAAAGAAGAAGAACGGAAACGAAAGGAAGAGCAGGAACGAAAGAGGCAAGAAGAAGCAGCUCGUAGAGCCGCAGAGGAACAGCGGCGCCGAGAAGAGCUCGAAGAGAAGCGCAAGAAUAUCAUGAGCAACUUAAUCAGCGGGCAGGCUCGAAGCAGCUCUCUUUUUGGAGAUGACAGUGGCCCCGCCAACAAGAAUAGUUUAUUUGACGAUUAGUAUUUGAAAAAGCAGUCGUACCUGAUUUUGGUCAUUCUUUGUACCCUAAACAUGUUUUUGGUGUCUUAAAAUUUACGUUUUUAUAGAACAUGUUGAUACGUACAAACUUUUCUGUUUUUCAUAGACCCUUGCCUUCAAUGUACCGUGUUUUUGUAAUUAUGAUGGUCCAGCCGUCGCACUGUCUCUCUUCGUGAAAUUGCGACAGCGAAAUCUGCACCCUACUGCAUCGUGUGAUAGCCACGUUACCCUAGCAAAUAUAGUGGCUGGCAAUGAUCUCUGGCGAGAACGAGUGAAAAGCAGAUCAUACGUACUACUGGCGUUAGUUCAGCACUUCAGGCUAUUCUAGACGCGCACUCAUGCUUGAAGCGGAUGCCAGAGACCGCAUUCUGUCAUGGAAUUACACGUCAAUAAGUUCAAGUGGCAAUUCUUUCAGCUUCUGUGUGUCUAUUCUCCCUUCUCUCUGCCACCUGACCCACACGGAAACAUCGAGAAGCCGAGUCUCAUUAGAAUAAUGU